ACACUGGCCUUUCAACAUCUUCAUGGCUUGCUUGCAAAUCCCCAGACUGACAUCGAAAUUCAUACCCCGCCACUCACACCUCAAAUAUGGCAUGACCAUCACCCACAAGGUUCGCUCCAGAAAGCCGGCGCCAAAAGCACAUUUUUGAUGCUUGAUACGCUGGUGUCACUCAUUUCCGUAUGUUUUUGCCUUUGAAGGGUUGGUGUGGAUUCACGUAGGUCACUUGUGCCUGGUUUGUUCUUUAAAGCAGCAAAGGCAGUGACUGUGGUCUUUAAUUGAUUUGUUUGCUCCGGUUUUUGGGUAAGCGCCCAAAUGAAGGCUUCGUUUUUUCUCCCAUGCAACAACAGAUCCAACAACGUACCCAGUCGUUUACUCUCUUAUCACGCGCGGAAGUAUUGUCCAAACAGUGGCAGCAGAAACAAGCCACGUCCGUCGCUCUGUUGACGUCCAUGAAUAAUAUCCUUGCUCAGCAUGAAGCCAGUAACGACGCCGCUGCUUUGAUUGCCCAAUUCAAACUUGAUCCCGCUCAACUCGCGUAUAAACAGUCGUUAGCCUUGGAAGAAUGCAUUACACAGCUUUAUAAACUCAUGGAAUCGUGGCAAGAGUUGGUCGCUGAAUGGCAGCACCUUGAACACGAUGCCAACAAGUAUUGGACAAAAACGUUAACCGUGCCGUCACCUCAAGGGCCUUGGCCACUGUCGAACGAGGCGCUGAUUCAGGUCACCGCCGUCCGUCCUCAAGAUACCUAUGAUUACAUCAGCCGCCUUUAUACCAUGUACAAAUCAGAAUAUCACUAUAAAAAAACGCUGAUGCAGCAACUAUCCCAAUUUUUAACACGGAUCAGCGACUUUGACGAUUUUACUGAACGGUGGACUGCUCAACCUCACCUCCACCCAAACCUGCCUGCAGAUAUCUCGGAACGCAUCAAGUUGUAUAAAACAGUGAAAAAAGUGGUUGAAUCCGUUGAUUAAAUCAUGACGAG